AUGGAAUUCCAAAUGCCGCAAACGACAUCCGUGCGUAUAUUCGUGGAUUUCGAGAAAUCGUUUGGAAAUUAUAUGGUCGAUGCCGAUGGAAACACUCUCCUUGACAUCUACACGCAGAUUUCGUCUCUUCCGCUCGGGUACAAUCAUCCCGAUUUGGUUAAGGCAGCCGCUAGUCCACACUUUAUUGUA